AUGAACCAAAACCAUAAAAUUCGACCGAACAUUUUUAUGAGAUCAACAGGUGUCCCGUAUAAUAAACCUAUUGUAGUUCCACGAAGUUCUUCUCCUCAAAAUGGGCAUGAAAGGAAAGUAUUUAUCUUCCGAGGAAAUACGAGGAUUCCUGCCAUCGCAGUUCCAACAUUAUCAACACUACCGAAGCUAGUUGCUGCAACUUCAGAAGGCAAAAAGGCUGUGACACCCCCGCCGAAGCUCCUUGAAAAGGAAAUAAAAGAAGAACCUUUAGAUGAAGAAACUAGUGGAGCAAUGGCCAAUAUUACUACUUCCAAACCGUUAAAUCUUCGGGAAUUACUAAAUCCUUCGUUGCCUCCAGGAGUUAAAUCUUACGCGUAUCCUAAUCUGUUGGUGAACGAAGUGAAGAAAGAAUCACCCCCACCAUUGGCAAUGAAUCUCAAAAGCAACUCACCCAGAGUAGACGUCCCCUCUACUUCCAACCUACCUAACAUCGAUACUGAUAGGAGCAAUCUCAAGAGAAGUCAUAAGCCAGUGCGACAUAAUGACUUUGUUUACAAUCAGUCUGAGUUUCAUGAAGCCGAUGAAGAAUGUGGACCGUCAUCCAAACAAACUAAAAGUGAUGGUCAAUCAAAUACAUGCAGGUGUGAAUACGUCGUACCGGAACUUGAGCAAAAGAUCGAUCGUAUGUUGGAAAAGAUGCAUUUCAUAGAAACUCUGGCGAGGUCCAUGCUGGGAAAGGAAGAAGCAGUUGAAAAGGAGAGAAACAUGGGAAAUUUAGCUCUGCAAAAAGCUCAAAGUGAAAUAAAUCUGCUCAAAAGACAGCUUAUAAUACAAAGAAACCAAAAAGCUAUGAUCAAGCCUGAAAAUGAUAAUAACUAG